AUGUCAGACGUCGAAGUCAUUGAGAUUGAUUUAGUUGAGCACAACACGCAAGCUCGGAAGAUGAACGAGCUAAUAGGGCUUCUCGGCCGGCUGGAGCAAUUCAAGAACAUCAAUUCUACGGCCCCGCUUCAGUUGGACGAGAGUGACAACGAAACUCAGAACUUCAAUCAGAUGAAUCGUGUUGAGGUUCACGAUGGGAAAAAUUCAUCGGGCGGUCCACAAAAGAGCAGAAAUAAUUAUCGUCAAAGGAAUUCAAACGCCCAGAUGCGAUCCAAAAAUUUUUCGACGCCCCCAAAUCGAUCGUCGUAUCCGCCAUGGAGUUCUGGGGUGAGAGAAUCACCUCAGAGAAUUCAAGAAAUGGAUGAUAUACCGCCUUGGAUUUCCGAUAUGAACGAAGCACCGGCGAGGAGUUUUCGGAUGAACGAAGCUCCGUUGGGGGAUUUCCCGAUGAACGAAGCUUCGACAAGGCGUUUUUCGAUGAACGAAGCUCCGUCGAGAAAUUUUGCACUGAACGAUACACCGUCAAACAUUUUUGAAAUGAACGAAGCACCGUCGAGAAAUUUUGCAUCAAAUGAAGCACCGCGGAGGAAUUUCGCGAUGAACAGUGCACAUCGGAGAAAUUUCCCGAUGAACGAAGCACCUCCGAGGAAUAUCCCGAUGAACAAAGCACCGAGGAAUUUCCCGAUGAACAAAGAACCUUCGAGGAAUUUCGCAAUAAACGAAGCCCAGCCGAGGGGUUUUGGGAUGGGCGAAAGACCGCCGAGGAAUUUUGCGACGAUCGGUGCUCCGCCGAGGAAUUUUGCGACGAUCGGUGCUCCGCCGAGGAAUUUACCGACACCUGAAGCACCAGUUUUGCGAUCGAGAUUUCCGAUGAAUGAAGUCCCGAGUCCUCCUGCGUUGUUUCCGUCGGUGGCUCGAAGUACACCUGUUGCCCCUCGUCUCGACGUACUGCCGGUUCCUAGUUCUCAACCAGCUUCCAAGACCUGGGGUGAUGCUAGGAAGUCCCAGCUGUUGAAGCGUGCAGCCUGGUACGACGUGGAAGGAGUUCACGCAUUGGACUCUUGCGGCGAUCCCGUGCCGCCGGGUAGGAAAGUCCUGUCAGCGGUUCACAGCGGUCGAGUGGAUGUUAUCCCACGCUUGAAACUCGCCGAAUCUUGGUACCAGUGUGCCCUGCAUGGAGCUGGGCGAAGUUUUCAUUCCCGGGGACCAUUCCCGGAAUUGAUUCCUCCGAUCAUACCGCAAGAUGGACUGGACGUUUUCAUGGCGGAUAAUCCGGCAGAUUUCAAGUUUUACGAGCCCUCUUUGCCGAGUAUGAGCGAAUUGCAGAUCAAUGCUGCCGACAAACCGUUGUUUGACCCAAGAUCUGUUGAGAAUUGGGAAAGUAGACCGGCUACGUUGAAGCUCAACGAAAAGCUGGCUGCGCAAAUGCGCGAAAUUGCCGCAAUUCAAGCGGUUGCUGUCGACUGUCUGAAAAAUCAAAUGAAAAACCUGGAGGAUAGUAUCAAAUCGUUUCAACAAAUCCCGAAGACUGGUUAUAUGCAGCAGAAAGCACACGCGAAGGCUCUUGAUGAGCUGGAUGGUCUCCAGCUCACGCUGGAAGAUCUCGACGUAAUGACAACCAUGGUCUGCAACCGUGCUCUGGUUUUCUUCAACACCACGUCAGUUGCGAGCAGAAAAUAUUUCUUGGACAGUUGCUCAGUUCCUCCGGCUUCGCAUCGCGCAUUACUGCAUGACAAGCACACCAAAAGCUUGUUCACGGACGCAUCUAAGUGGGUUUCCAUGUCCGAAUCACUCAGCCUCGUGCCCCAAUCGAUGAUGAUCCCUCUUCAUCAUGUCGGCGUGAAAUUAACAAAUGGAACGAUCACGGACCAGAUCGUAGAGCCCAGAAUGCGAGCGACCACGAAAAUCAGCCCGUUGCCGUUUGUUGCAAAAACUGACGGAGAAAAACUGUCUGUCGGUCAAAGCUCAGGUGAACGUGGGACGAAAACUACUUUGAAAUCUGCGCUGAAGCCGCAAGCGCACGCCGAAUCUGAACGCCAAAGUGAAGUACGUUCUAGAAAUCAACCCUCAACGCAGGAAAAGCCUGAAAGAUGUCUCAUCGCAUCGGAUGCUUCAUCUCGAAAAAACGUAAGUGGUCCUGAAGGAUGGGAUUUCCCUGGCAGUCGCAACUUGCCUUCUAGAGGCAACGCUAACAACUCGAAAACGCAGGAUGUUGAAUCUGACGUACUCGCACAAUCGACUGGUUUAUCUGUCGAAGAUGUUAGCUUUCUGCGGAGCGUUUUUAACGUUAAGGAUGCGGGCGAGAAAUCGCCCACGAAACGCAAGAAUAAUGAGGAAUCGUCUGAAGACGUUCUUUACUACCGCGACAUUUCGCCUAUUGCAUCAACUUCGAAAGAUGAUCGUCCUCGGAACGAUGAUUAUCGUCGGAAGGAUGAUAUGUACUUGAACAAAAAUCGCGGGAAUAAUGAUGGUGACUCUCAUAAGCGUGAUGUCUCGUCUUCCCGGAAGAAGUCGACUGUGGGCGACACUCGGAAUUCAGAACGUAACGUUGGUACUCAUGGUCAGUCAAUGACGCGGAUUGGAAAUCGUGGAAUGUCAGGAUCGUCGGAUUCUCCGACCAAAGCAGCAUCGAAGCACGAAUUGUUCAAAAACCCGGAUAAUCCUGCGGUUACGCAAAGAAAUGAUGUUCUCGCGAAGGUCCUUCAACAUUCUCCGCCACGACGCAACAAAUCGCCAUCUGGAGCUCGGAAGUCGCCUUCCAGGGGACGCGAGAAGUCGCCGUUUGAUGAUUUUGAAUCGACCAUCCGUCGAACGUACGGAAAUAGAGGAACUGCGACGCGAAAAGAGGUCGAAUAUGAUCGGAGCCGAAGGUCAAGUCCGCCAGCGAAGCAGAAGUCACAGCAGAAUCGGUAUGAUAGGGAUGAGGAUUCUCCCGAAGAAGUUUGUCGCAUCAUUCUUCCAGGGCGUAAAGACGGAUCGAAUAAUUCUACCAGGAAACGCUCCAGAUCACCGUAUAGCAACCCGAGUCAACCGAAAAGUCGCCGUUCCAGGUCUCCAUCGCCUAGGCGAACCUCGGAAAAUAGUAAUAACGAGGAACUGUCGAAACUCUUCGGUCUAAUGGGCAGCAUGAUACAGAGUGUGCGAGAAAAGAUGAAAGAGCCUGUACCAAACGACCUCUCUAAGCAAAUGGCGUUUUUGUUGUCGUCCAUGCAAGAUAAUCGCUGAAUUCGCCUCGGUUUUUUCUUUUUUGGCUACGUGCCGAUCGGAUUUUUUGUUCGGUGUAUCGUUCGGGACAAUGAUCAUUUGGGUUGAUUGCGAUUGACUGUGUUGCAUGCUUCUGUUUGGGUGUUGUGCGUCGCUACAUGAAUUGUUUGAUGACACUGCAAAUCAGUGAAAUUGUGUUGGGACUACAGUGGUUUCUCGGUGAAUGGACUUUCUCCGUUCCAUUGGGAAUUUCGUAAUCCAAACAGUCGAACAACUGCGUACUAUAAACUUAUGUGGAAUACGAAAACAAGGAUGCUAUUCUCAAUGAAUUGAAAAUAGCGGAACAGCUUUCGUGUGCAGUCCAUGAAAAAAUGACACUCGAAGUCGUACUUGUCGUAUUCCUAUUUUUAAUGGGCAAUCUUUUUUUCCUUAGACGAAUCUUAACCGAGUAUCUCAGUACUUCGUAGAUGUUGAAUAUGAAUCAUAGUGAAGAAAGGAAGAAACAUUGAAGGCGGAUCAAUGCAUUAUCAAGAAUAUUUGAAAAUUUUGAUUCACUUCGGAAGAUUUGCUGGUACCCAAAUAUUCCAGAGCAACUUUUGAGGGAUAAUCCUUUAUAAUGCAAUCUAUAACCCACAUCGGAGUCUGCUUUCCGAGGCGAUAAAUUGACGCGGGACUGAGUAAAUUGUGAGGAAA